CGGCGCCGGCAGUGCUGCCCCGGACCGCGCCACAGACGGACGACGCGACUCGCGGCUAUCGUAGCGCCCUCCGGAUUUCGAAACAGUCGAGUGUCAGUGAUAACUUUGAUACGGAUUCGCCAAUCGCCAGCGUCGACGCUCGACUUGAUAAGAAGGUAGCUAGUCGAGUUCGGAAUCGAAAAUUUUCAGAGUGCAACACGGGAUUCUGUUUCUAUAAUUACAUUACCCUUGUGUGAGUGAGUGCGAUGAGGCCGAAGGACGAAACGGACGCGAAAGUCCAGACAGGGACUUUCAUCCUGUCGGAGAAGAUCGACGACACCAAGUCGAGGAAGAACGAGAAGGAUUUGAAGAAGGAGAUGAAGCGCUUGGAGAAGGAAAAGCAGGAGCGCGAAAAGCGCGAUAAAAAGGCUCGAGAAAAGGAAAAGGAACGUGAGAAACAAGCUAAGAAAGGCAAGGUGGUGUGCGGCGCAUGCGGCGGAAAAUGCAGCGGAGAAGUUCUGCGCGUGUCAGACAAAUACUUCCACACGGCGUGCUUCACGUGUCGCUCGUGCUCGGCGUCGCUCGCCAGAGGCGGCUUCUUCUGCAAGGACGGUCACUACUACUGCCCGCAGGAUUAUCAGCGUGCGUUCGGCACGAGAUGCGCGGCGUGUGGACAGUACGUGGAGGGCGAGGUCGUGUCUGCGCUCGGGAACACCUAUCACCAGAAAUGCUUCACAUGUGGGAGAUGCAAACGCGCGUUCCCAUCAGGCGAGAAAGUAACUUACACGGGCGCGGAGGUCGUCUGCUCCUCCUGCGUGGCCGCGCCCGUCCAGCGGCAGACGGCGCGCGCCGCCGCCUCGCCCUCGCCGGCGCCCGCGCCCGCGCCCGCGCCCGCGCCGGCCCCCGCGCCCGCGCCGCCGACCCGCGCGCGCGCCGACACGGCGCCUCGGCAGCCGCGGCCCGCGUCGGCGGACCGGGUCGAUCGCGCCGAACUGCGCGCCGACCCCGAGCGCGUCGUCGACCAGAAUGGUGAUCAAGAAAGAUAUGAAUGCGCGGGCUGCGGUCAGGAGCUGUCUGAAGGACAGGCGUUGGUGGCGUUAGACAGACAAUGGCACACGUGGUGCUUCUCGUGCGGCGCGUGCGGCUGCGUGCUGCAAGGGGAGUAUAUGGGCCGCGGUGGCACGCCAUAUUGCGAGCGCGACUACCAGCGUUUGUUCGGCGUGCGCUGCGCGUACUGCAACCGGUACAUCGCGGGCAAGGUACUGCAAGCGGGCGAAAACCACCACUUCCAUCCAACGUGCGCGCGCUGUUCUAAAUGUGGCGACCCGUUCGGAGACGGCGAGGAAAUGUUCCUUCAGGGCGCAGCAAUCUGGCACCCUCGUUGCGGCCCCGCGCCGCGCGACCCCGCCGACCCCGACCACGACCCUGAGCGAGCUUCUUCUGAGCUACAGUUCUCGCUGCGCUCGCGCACGCCCAGCGUCAACGGCUCCUACUGCAGCCCCUACAGUAGCCUGACCAGGAAGUACGGCUCCCGCGCGGUCUCCCCCGGACUAAUCCUCCGCGAGUACCGCGGCGCGGGCACGCUGUCCCCCGCCAGGAUCACCACCUACAGCUACCUCGCCGGCGAGCCCGGCUACCUGCGGCGCCCCCUGCAGCCCUACGACCGCGCGCCCGCCUCGCCGCACUUCCACCGCCCGCCGUCGAGUGCAAGCACACGAGCCAGCAGUCGCGCCGGCAGCAAGGCAUCUUCCAGACCAGGGAUGAGGGUGCUGGUGGACUCCAUACGCAGCGAGACACCGCGGCCAAAAUCGCCUCAUAUGAACAACGAGGAGCCCAUCGAGUUGUCGCACUACCCCGCGGCGUUCAAGCCCCUGCCCGGCACGCAGCCCAAGAUAGAGCGGGACGACUUCCCCGCGCCGCCCUACCCUUACACCGACCCAGAGAGGAGACGUCGCUGGUCAGACACCUACAAAGGCGUUCCGGACAGCGACGAAGAGGAGACCAAGGUGAACGGCGUCAACGGCCACGGUCCGGGGGGGAAAAAUGGCACCCAGGAACCCCGCGACCCGCAGCUGCGCAGGGAGCAUCAGGAGCUCGCUAAAAUUGACUCUGGCAUCGCACAGGUAUUCUUGAAAGAAGUUAAAGAGCGGGAGAAGAUGCAACAGUGGAAGAAACAAAAUCUAGAUCCUCGUAAUGCAAGCAGGACGCCGAGCGCCAUGCGCGAGCCGCCGUACCGGCUGCGGUACUCGUCCCCGGUCGGCGCCUCGCCCUCGCGCCAGCUCGACCACGCGCGCCCCGACUCCGAGCCCUACUACACGCACACCUCGCACUCGCACAUACCCAGCUACAACGUAAUGCACGCGGCGCCGCGGCCCGGCUACGGCCUGCGCUCCAACACGCUGCCCGCCACCAACGGACAUGGCGACUUCACAUUCAGCGGCAUGGGCGACAAGACGCAUAGCACGGACUUCUCCAGCGGCAAGUCAGACAUUUCUGCCGGGUCCAUUACUGACGUGGACAGAAGUGCUAUGUACACACACUCGGGCCACUUGGGCGCCGCGCCCGCGCCCGCACGCGGUAGUGGGGGGGGCGGGGGUGGGGGGGGCGUGCGGCGCUCGCUGCCCAACAUGGCCACCGGACACCUCCUGCACGAGCCCGCCAAGCUCUACCCCUACCAUCUGCUGCUCAUCACCAACUACCGCCUGCCGCCCGACGUCGACCGCCUCAACCUAGAGAGGCACCUGUCGGACGUGGAGUUCGAGGCGUUCCUGCAGUGCGGGCGGCAGGAGUUCUACCGCCUGCCGCAGUGGCGCCGCAACGAGCUCAAGCGCCGAGCCCGGCUCUUCUGAACACCAUACCUCCCCCCCCCCCCCCCACCCCCACGCAAGCACCAGAGUAGUGUGGCUCCGGUCGCCGUGUGCUAACAGAUAAUCAUAAAAACUAGUAUUAUCUACCGCUUUAAAAAAAAUAGUAUUUCAAAUUGUGCCGCAAUGAGCUCAAGUGACGCGUGAGGAUUAUCUGAACACCGUCUAUGCACUCUUUAAUACAGGUUCAGUGUAAUAGUCCGGUUGCUUUAUUUAUCAUUUAUCUCUAUAUACAGAGGCAGCAUCAUUUAUCUCUAUUUAUAAUAAUGGGUAUUUCAAAAUGGCGCCACGACGAGCUCGAGCGGCGCGAAAGGCUCUUUUAAACACACAUUCUGAACCCUAUGCGUAUGCACGCUUUGAAUAAACUAUUUGCAGUACGUUACUCCGGUCGCCGUGUGUUAGAUCAUACAAACGGACGUAACCUUCCCCUUGCACGAGAGCGCCGCGACAUCUCGCGAGCGAAAUAGACAACUCGUCUGUCUUUUAUACAGUAAAAAAAACAGGGGUACAACAUUAUUUUGAGACUGAUACAAAAAUCACUGCAUGCGGCGACCGGAGCACUGUAAUAUAACAAUUUUGCUUACACGUUCACAUAAUAUGAAGAAAAAUGAACAACUUACAACCGCAAAAUAAAUCUACGUGUAGAAAUUGUGUUGGACGUGUAGUAUCUAUAUGUAUUGCAGGGGUCACCAAAAUGCGAAUCCGGACCGCCGACGUUUUUUAUUUUUUUGCUUAUUUAAUAAACUCAAUGAGAAACGGACGGCGGAUGAUCAUUUUAUUCUAAGAACCGGACCCCUGAAGAAACUAAUUUGUGUCCCUGAUGUAUUGGAUUUACUAUGUCAAAAUAGAGAAAAAAAAUGACCUGCAUAAUUAAACAUAAGUCGUGUUUCUUUAAUUUUAAACGAUGUUGCUGUUUUACAAAUGUAUCAAUGUAUACACUUUAGUAAAUCGAUUAUAUGAUCGAUUCUGCGAGCCGAUUCGUAUUUUAUUAUAGGACGAUUGAUUUGAUAUUAUUUUUUAAUUCGCGGAUAAUCUACAAUAUGCAAAAUAUCGCAUAAUAUUUCGACCGAGUCGUUUUUAACGCAAUAACUUCACUAUUAACGCGUCGUCGGUCGAGCAUUUUAUUUAUUAAUUAUAAUAAUGAUAUUAUAAUAACUUUACACAUAAUAAUAUAUUUGUUUAGUAUGUGUAAGCGUGUGUCAGCUCAUAGAGUUGUAUCGAGGCGCCCGGCGCGCCUUCAUUCUGGAUACUUCUAGAAUUAUCUAGAACUUGAUAUAUUUAGGCUUUGAUUGUAUAAUAUAAUGUAACUUACAAGAGACAAAUAAAUAAUCAAGAAUUGUUAUUAUAUAUCACCUCGCAAAGUUAAGUUUGCGUCACUUUAGCGAGUUCUCAGUUCCAUAUAUUGUGUAGCGAUAGGACCUACGCUUAUAAUACAAUGCCAUCUACACCCACAUUAGAAUCGAAACUCUGUAUAAAGAAUACCAGUCUGUAUUAUUUAAUUGUCUCUGCUUACGACAUGAUUUUGGUCGAAAGUUCACUUAUUGUAAAGGCGGUUCUAGAGGCGUUUCGACCACUAUUUUGAUGAAUUGAAUAGAAGCAUAAUCUUAGUCGGUGGUGUCACUCCUGUAGAAUCGCCUAACAAAUGCGAGGUGGCCAUUUUUGACGCCAAAAAAAAACUGCAUUUUGUUGCAACGAAUUAUUACAUACAUUACAUAGUAUUACAAAUACAUUAAUGUAACCUUCAAAAUACCGUUUUCUCAGAGAUUUAUUUUAUAAGAUUUGUGAUUUGUCGUUUAAUCAUUUUGUCAAAUCGAUCCCUUUAAUAAGGUAUAUUUCAAAAUAAAUAAAUUUUGUGAUGUAGAUGUAUGUGCAAUUAUUGUAAUUAAUAUCUUUGAGUGCAACAAAAUGAAUCCGUGGACGUAUUAGGUGUCUCAAAAUGGCCGCCUCGCGCCCGGCGCCGGCGCGGCACCGAGUGCCGAGUGCCCGGUGUCCGGGUGUCCGGGUGUCCCGGUGUCCCGGUGUCCGGGUGUCCGGGGUUGCGGUUGACGUACGAUGCCUUUAUAAAUGGAAAUAAUAUAUAUGCGAGUCUUUAUUUUAGUGAGAACCAAAUAUAUUAUAUGUAAGAUUAUAUUUUCGUUAGUUUUAGUCGGGGACGUAGUCGUAAGCGUACGCUUCGCUAGGAAGUUUUCUAGUUUAUUAUAUUUUAGUGUAGGCGUAGGGCUAGGGUGUCGGCUUGUGCGCUUGUGUGUGUGACGAGGUGCUAUCUUACGGGCGGCGGGCGGCGAGCGAAGCGAGGGGCUUUAGAGGCGUUUUUACGCUGUCCGAUCCGAUCCGAUGUCGGAUGACUCUUACAGAAAGCAGAAAGAGAGUGCCUCGUGGCAUCAAGUCCUUGUAUUUCUGCAUUAAGGCUUUCUCUUGAAUAAUAAACGAUUUGACGAAUAAAUCGCUACAAAAAAUAGCAUUUUUUUACAUUUUACUUCGCAAAGCAAAUAGCAUUUUUAUUUUAUUUUUUAGGUCGUAUCCGACAUCCGAUAUAGGAUCGGAUAAAGUGAAAAUGCUCUUACACAUUUUAUUAAUUAUUUAACGUUUGGUAAUCGUGGUAAAGGAAAGCAGCUGAGAAUAUACACUCUCCUACGCUUAGCGUUUUGACGCUAAAUGAAGAGAUGGGUGUAUAUUUUUAAUUACUUUUUAGUUAUUGCCGCGAUUGACUCGGGUUAUAAUUAUACUUUAAAAAAUAUAUGUUGUAAACUGUAAAAAACCAACACACUCAUUUUACCGUUCAAAAUGUACUAAAUAAAUAGAAAGUAUAUGAAUAAUUUUACGAAUUAAAAUAAACAGAUUGCAGCUUGUUGAAAUGCUAGGCAGCUUCAUUUUUACAACUUUAACUAGAAUACCUAUAUAUAAAUUUCAAUUAAUUUAAGUCCUCGACAAAACAUCUAAAACACUGAAACUAAACACGGAACGGACACUGAAGCACUGAGGCGAUACGUUUCCGAUGUCAGUGUUACAGCGCAACUUACCGUUAGAACAAUAUUAUUUAAAUCAAUUCUAUGAGAAAAGAACCGAAGUGUAAGAAAAAGUGUAUACAUAUUAAUGACCUUGACACUCCGCGCUGAAGCCCGCCCAGUCGCCGUUACAGCUUUUCGUAUAUUUCCAAAAUAUGUAUUAUGUUCCUAAGAUAGGAUUACUCCUAAUAGUUACCGCCCUAGCCGAAUAUGAACCUUGUUUCAACGAUUCAAAGUUCACAAUCGUAUGGCGGCGGUAACUACUGGGAUCAACCCUUAACGGUCUCCCCACACCUAUCGACGCGUAAUCGGUAAAACCCGUCAGAAAAAAGCUUUACGUCACGCAAUAACAGCAAAAACGGCCGACGCCUUACGACGCGACGACGCCUUUUUCUCGACGUUGACGAAAGCUUUGUUUUUGUCUAUUGCCGAUUCUGCGUCGAUACGCGUGGAAAGACCCUAAAACAUCUAAACGAGUGUGUGUGUGAGCCAAAUGUCCUGACGUCAUUGUUGUUAAUUUUAUUGUAAGCAGCUUUCCACGGUUGCGACAUAAUUUAUUUUUAAAAAGUAGUUUUUUUUUAAUUGACGGCUUGGACGGCUAGGUAAGGGAUAAGGUUAGAUAGCUUACAAAUUGAAUCGCCUAAUUUUGUUACCAAUUCUUUCCACAGUUGCGACCGCUGCCGGAAUACCGGUUUUUAUUCCAAUUUUUAUACAAUGUCUUUCGGCACUCACUAUACCUUAGUUUCAAGAAAUAUUAUAUCUGAUUAAUUA